UUUGUAUCUUUCUUCAGUUGUAUGAUGUGUUCCCUGGUCUGAUGAAGUACUUGCCCGGGCCACAUCAGAAAGUCCACAAGAACUAUUUUCAGAUCCUAGACUUUCUGAUGGCAGAAAUAAAGAAACACCAGGAGGAAGUAAACCCAGAUGAUCCUCGUGACUAUAUCGACGUUUACCUGGGAGAGGUGGAGAAGAAGAAGGAGGACCCCCUUGCUGGCUUUAAUGUAGACACUCUGCUGGUGUGCACUUUAGACCUGAUGGAGGCCGGGACUGAGUCAACUACUACGACUCUGCGCUGGGCCAUGGUCCUCAUGAUGAACUACCCAGAGAUACAGGCCAAAGUGCAGGCAGAGAUAGACGCUGUGAUCGGACAGUCUCGACAGCCCACCCUCACAGACCGCCCUGAGAUGCCCUACACAGACGCAGUGAUCCACGAGGUGCAGAGAUUUGGAAAUAUUGUGCCUCUGGGAUUCCCUAAAAUGGCCAGUAAAGACACCACAUUGGGUGGAUAUUUUAUACCCAAGGGAACAGUCACAACCUCAAAUCUUGCAUCCGUGCUUUUUGACAAGAACGAAUGGGAGACGCCUGAUGUGUUUAACCCUGGGCACUUUCUGGAUGCAGAGGGACGUUUCCAAAGAAGAGAUGCAUUUCUUCCAUUUUCUGCAGGUAAGCGUGCAUGUUUGGGGGAGCACUUAGCUAAGAUGCAGUUGUUCCUGUUCUUUUCGGCAAUAAUGCAGCGCUUCACUCUGACCACACUCCCUGGAGAGAUGCCCAGUCUGGUCGGGGUCCAGGGGUUCACAAAUGCCCCUGAACAGUUUCGGGUGAUGGCAGUGCCACGCUAGACCUGGAAAAAAUAUGGAAAACGUAUUACCAUUAUCAACACCUACAGUAAUAUAACACCAGCAUGUACAUGUAUCUACAUUUAAGUAAACUUGAAUUCACAGAGCAAUCAAAGGCAGAAAUCAUUGUACUAUAAAUAAAGGAGCAAAAAUAUGUAGAAAUAUUUCAUGCAUUUUAGUGUAAUUUAUGUAAUAUUAAGUGACAUUUUUUGAGAGAAUGGUUUUAGGUUGAAAAUUCACAUGACAUUUGAACCAGAUUUUUAACUUGACCUAAUGCUGCAGUUACACUUGACCAAACUGGCAAUAACACUGCACUAAGUUCACUGUGAA